AUGGGGCAAAUCAUCUGGGAACCCCGUAUCUACCUUAAUCACCAAUCAUCUGUUGCAGUGGAGCUUGUCUCUCUCAGUGGAUCCCUGUCCGGCGAUCAUGUGAGGGCGAGUCUCGGCUGCCGGCUGGUAGACCCGAGAGGAAUUCUCAAACCAUCCGAAGAGAAGUGGGUUUCUCGGGGAUUCUAUUAUUCCAAUAUCUGCUCGUCUAAGUUGUCGCUCAUCACAAGACGUGAUCUAGAAGCGUCGGGCUAUCUCUGCGACGAUGCCUUCACACUGGAGUGCACCAUCACCGUCCUCAAGGAAUUCCCGGUAAAGACAUUCCCUGUCAAAGAAAUCCCGAUGCCUGCCGUGCCAUCCUCCAACCUACAUAAGCACUUCGGCGAGAUAUUGCAGAGCGGGAAGGGCGUGGACGUCACAUUCGUCGUGGCCGGUGAGUCUUUCGUCGCACACAAGGUCGUACUCGCCGCAAGGUCGCCCGUGUUCAUGGCCGAAUUCUUCGGGCUAAUGAUGGAGAAGAGCUCCGAACAAGUCGUGAUCAAGGACAUGGAGGCUGCCGUGUUCAAGGCACUGCUCCAAUUCAUCUACACCGACACAACACCGGAGUUUGAUGGGCAGAAGGAGGCAGGGAUGGAGAUGGCACAACAUCUGCUUGCGGCCGCUGACAGGUACGGCCUGGACAGGCUCAAGCUGAUCUGUGAGGGCAGACUCUCUGGUGGCAUCAACGUGGACACCGUGGCGGCAACAUUGGCAUUGGCCGAGCAGCACGGCUGUGAGCAGCUCAAGGCGAGAUGCAUCGAUUUUAUCGUCAGGACGCCUGCGGUUCUUGAUUCUGUCAUGGCGACGGAGGGGUACAAGCACCUGGAAGCAAGCUGCCCUUCCGUGCUGACCGAUCUUCUUGCGAGCGGGAGGAAGAAGCCAAAGCUUGCGCGGCGGAGGGGUAACUAG